UGAUGUUCUACUCGCACACGAUCCUCGCGCGGAAGAGCCCACUGGGCACCGUCUGGAUCGCCGCGCACCUCGAGCGCAAGAUCAAGCAGCCGCAGAUCGAUGGCAUCGACAUCCCCACCUACGCAGAGAGUAUAAUGUUUCCUGAGGUUCCAAUCGCCUUAAGAUUAUCAGGGCAUCUUCUCUUAGGCCUAAUUCGCAUUUAUUCAUGGAAGGUGAACUACCUAUUUCUAGAUUGCAAUCGAAUGGUAACUACAAUCAGAACUACGUUCGCUGCUGUGGAAAUAGAUCUUCUAGUUGAGGUGGAGCCCGCACCGUUUGAUUCCAUCACAUUGCCACCUACAUUUAAUCUUGACAACUUAAACUUAGAUGAUGUGAUUUCUCAGAUAAAUACAUCCGAUAAUCAUCAAAAGACUCCUGAUCAGAGUACUUUGGCAGGAGGAGAAUAUAUGAUGAUAGAUCUUGAUGAGGAUGAUAGAGUAGAGCCAUCGGCUAGUUAUCUAUCGCCAUAUAUGGGGCCUGAACCAUUUGAGCCAGAGACAUUCCCUCGGUUUGAUGAUGGUUUUGGAGCAAGUAACACUCUUAGUGACGAGAUUCCUCUAGACCCUCCAGGCAAUAUGCCAGAAAACCCCAACAUUGAAAAUCCGCCAGAUGGAGCACAUGAUCCACCGGAAAUAAUGCGAGAAGCUCCACAGGAGGGGCCUGGCCACUUUACAGAUUCAGUUUUUGGAAAUGAUGACCCCAUGGUGGUGGACCAGGAUUCUUCACCAUUUGUGCAGAACAAGGUCAUCACUCCUCCAUCAAUGGAUGGAACUUCUUCCGCUGGUCAACAAUUAGCUGGGAUAUAUGUACCCUUACAAACGCCUAACACAUAUGAUCUUAUUGAUGAUGUCAGGCCCCUAAAUUCUGUAAUGGAGUUUGAGCUUCUCUUUUACAGCUAUUUGAAGGAACAGAUUGAUGGUCCAGCAGAUAAGUUACUAUGCAAGAGAAGAAACAUACCACAAACAGCCCUGGAUAUGUGGAAAUUCAGCAGGACUGGCAGAAAGGACAGCAGCUUCUUGCUUGAACCCUUGGUGCAAGGGAUGUGCACUUACCUACAUGUAACCUAUGAUAGAAACUUUCCCCGUGUGAGUGACCCUGAUGCUGAGCCUAACUCAAGUGAACCCAUGGCCGAUUAUGGUGGUAGUCAGGAUGCUCCUUCUGAAAGACAGCUCACCCCGAAGUCUCAUGAAAAUGAGGAUACACUGCCUGAAGGAGAUUUGACCCCAAAAUCUCCGGGAAAUCCAGAUGAACAGCCUGAACCGCAGCCCACCCUCAAGUCACCUGGAGGAGCAGGUGCAGCACAAGAUGGAGAUACGUUGCCCGAGUUCCCUCGAUUCUCCCCAGUAGAUAUGCCGUCCCCAAUAAGAGAAGAUGAUUCUCCUUUCAAAACUGUCCGUCGAACUCCACAUUCUGGGCUAGGAGGAACUGGUGUUACUGAAAUGCCACAAUCUGUCAGGACCAAUUCAUUACCUGGACAGAGUACUCCCCACUCUGAUCAUAUGGCGUCCCUGUUUCCAGUCAAUGAUGAUUAUGAAGAUCAGCCAGAGAUUCCAGGGCUCAUAAGUACUCCUGGUGGCAUAUCUAAAGCAGAUACUGGAACCACAGGAUUAGGAAGCAUGUCUGCUAGGACAGGAGCUGUUGCACUGUUCUUCAAGGACCAUGUGCCUUCAACCUCUUCUGAUGAGCAGCCUGGAAAAUUCAGUUUGAGCAGAAUCUUGGAAGGGAAAGUAAGAAAGCAAGCUGCACGAAUGUUCUUCGAGACAAUGGUUCUGAAGAGUUAUGACUACAUUGAUGUCCAACAAGAAGAGCCCUAUGCUGAUAUUGAAAUCUCAGUUAGACCUUCACUUGCAGAAGCCAAACUUUAA